AUGAGUGCUUCAAUGUCAAAACGUACACAUGAUUUUGAUCAAAAAUCAAGUGAAGAUAGCGAAGUAGACAUCAACAAUCAUAAUAAUAAUAAUAAUAAUAAUAAUAAUAUUGUUAAUAAUAAAGUAGCACCUCAGUUCACAGAUAAAGAAUUGGAGAAAGAUGAUGUGAAAUUAUUCAAAGUUUUAACAGAAUCUUUGAAAAUUUUUGGAAAGAAUGACUUGAUCACCAAGAAACCAAAAGUCAAACUCGAAGUCAUUGUAUUAAAGAAACAAAAGAUGAUUGAUGCCAAGAUAGAAAAACAAGAAGAGUCAAGUAGCAGUAGAAAUGACGAAGAGGUUUUCAUUGGACCUGUAGAUUCGAAAAGUGAAGAGAUUAUCGCUGACAUUCGUAAAUAUCUAUCGUUGGCUUUUCGAAAACCAGAACGUAGUUGUUUGAUUUACAUCUCUGAACAUAGAUACACUCAAGUGCAGUACAGCAUGGAAUGUCUCAAAGGUCAAGAUGCACAUAUUGCAACAACUCUACUUCAGGCUGCAGAUGGUACUGGAAAUGGAAUUGAACAUGCAGAUUCAAUCAUUUUUAUCUUUAACGUCAUUGGCAAUUAUACGAUUACAGAUGCUCAGUUUUGUGACAAACUUUCACGAUGUUUCAAUAUUCUUGCAAAACUUGGCAAACAAGAUUUUUUCCAACCCAAUUCAAAGACAUUCUUUAAGUUAUUGGAACAAUCAAUGGGAUUAGAACCAACUUUCAUCGGUAGAAUCGAUCAAACAUUUACAGAAGACUCAAUUAAUAGUAAUAGAAUAAAGGCAGAGCCGAACAGUAACAAUAAUAAUGAAAACAUUACCUUUGAAUCGAAUAAUAACAAUAAUAUCAAGUUGGAGUCAAUUAAUAACAAUAGUAUCAAGUUAGAAUCAAUUCCAGCAACAGAAUUAGAAACAAUAAUAUUAGAAGCAUUUGAGAAUUGUCCAUCAGAAAAGAUAUCGGAUAUUUUUGAAACAUAUGGUCAGAUAAAAUCAAUACUCAAAAACAUUGGCAAUCAACAACAAACAGAAUCACUUUUGAAUACGAUCAAUCCUUUAUUCUAUUCAAAGGUUGCAGCAACUCUGAAUAUAAGUGAAUGGAAGGGUUUUACAAGUAGAAUUGAUUUCAUAAUCAAUUUCAACGAGAUUACUGAUGAAACGAAACACAACUUUAUAGAUAAAAUUGUCGGGUCACUUUGUUCCAAUUGUAACAACUAUCCUAGAUAUUGCGAUCUAUCUAACAACUUAUUAUCAAUUUAUCAAUGCCAUCUCAAACAUCUAUCAUACUUUAAUUUAAGUAAUUUCAUAAAAAUCAUAGACCACAGUAUUUGUGGUUUAUACUUCUAUUUUACUGGUGAUAACACUCGAACUCAGUUGCUAGAGAUUUUAUUUUCAAUCAAAAAUGAACAGCUUCUUGACAAGUUAUGUGCGAAAUCGACACCAGAUAAACUACUCUUGAAUUGUCAGCUUCAUCUCAACAGACUCAACGAACCAAGUUGCACAAUCGAAGAGAUCAGGUUGUUUGGUAAGAUGUGGUGUCAUGCUAUACUUUCUCGUUUCAAAAGUGCUGGUAAUGUAAGCUAUCAUACUUGGAAUGUUCCAAUUGGUUCAUAUUCAUAUCCAUUUGAACGUAACUAUACUUGCAGCGACUACACACCGCAGUGCCAUUGUAUGAAAGUAGCAUCAUUCCUUCCAACUGAAACCAAAGUAAUAGAGUUCAAAUGUCUACUCGAAAAGUUAGAUCAUAUCGAAAAUAUAUUUGCAAAAUACAAAAACUUCCUUCGAUAUGAGAAGAGAAUAAAUGGUCCAUUGUAUCAGAUAAGAGUCACCAAAUUACAACCGUCGAUCGAAUAUUUGAAUUCAGAUGCACAAGAAUUCAUCGAGUCACUGACGAUAUCUAGAUCUGCCAUUCCAGAAGAUGCAAUAGCCAAACUCAGCAACGAUGAUUACAUCACAAUCUAUUACAGAGCUCUCGACACUAGAUUGAAUGAACUGACUGCUAGACAACCAAUCACCCCACUUGAUCUUCCAGCUAUUCCUCCCUUUUCAACGACCACCACAAACAACUAA